UCAUUCAUUAUAAUCACGUAAGAACUCAAAAGGAAACGUGUCUCUCGGAGUGAGGGCGUUUGCGUAAAUCUAUAGGUUUUUCAACAUCGAUGCCAAUUGCUUUGUCUUCUGUAGUCGCCAAGGUGGUUGAGAGUUUAAGCUUGCGGAUAUUGCAAAGGGUUAUUAGAUUCAUAAGUCACACCAAGUGGUGGGCGAUCCACUGAGCAAAGCCGAACUUCUCACAUGAUGACUUCAAACAAGACACAUUACCUUCCAGCAUCUGUUGGGGAGACGGGAUUUUAAGACACUUGAGUCUCCAGGACAGCAAAGGCACAAUGUUCCACCAGGUGAGAAGAGUGAUGACCAUCCUUUUCCUUACUAUGGUUAUUUCAUACUUCGGUUGCAUGAAGGCUGCCCCCAUGAAAGAAGCCAACGUCCGAGGACAAGGCAGCUUGGCCUACCCAGGUGUGCGGACCCAUGGGACUCUGGAGAGCGUGAAUGGGCCCAAGGCAGGUUCAAGAGGCCUGACAUCGUCGUCAUCGUCGUCGUUGGCGGACACUUUUGAACACGUGAUCGAGGAGCUGUUGGACGAGGACCAGAAAGUUCGGCCCAAUGAGGAAAACAAUAAGGACGCGGACAUGUAUACGUCCCGAGUCAUGCUCAGCAGUCAAGUGCCUUUGGAGCCUCCUCUUCUCUUUCUGCUGGAGGAAUACAAAAAUUACCUGGAUGCUGCAAACAUGUCCAUGAGGGUCCGACGCCACUCGGACCCCGCCCGCCGCGGGGAGCUGAGCGUGUGCGACAGCAUUAGUGAGUGGGUGACGGCGGCGGAUAAAAAGACGGCAGUGGACAUGUCGGGUGGCACGGUCACGGUCCUCGAAAAAGUCCCCGUCUCGAAAGGCCAACUGAAGCAGUACUUCUACGAGACCAAGUGCAAUCCCAUGGGGUACACAAAGGAGGGCUGCAGGGGCAUAGACAAGAGGCACUGGAACUCCCAGUGCCGAACUACCCAGUCGUAUGUGCGGGCCCUCACCAUGGAUAGCAAAAAGCGAAUUGGCUGGCGGUUCAUAAGGAUAGACACUUCCUGUGUAUGUACUUUGACCAUUAAGAGGGGAAGAUAGUGGCUUUAUGUUGUAUAGAUUAUAUUGAGACAAAAAUUAUCUAUUUGUAUAUAUACAUAACAGGGUAAAUUAUUCAGUUAAGAAAAAAAAUAAUUUUAUGAACUGCAUGUAUAAAUGAAGUUUAUACAGUACAGUGGUUCUACAAUCUAUUUAUUGGACAUUUCCAUGACCAGAGGGAAACAGUCAUUUUUUGCGCACAACUUUAAAAAAAAAGUCUGCAUUACAUUCCUCGAUAAUGUUGUGGUUUGUUGCCGUUGCCAAGAAUUGAAAAACGUUAAAGAAAAAAAAAGUUUAAAAAAUACUACUAAUAAAUUGCAUGCUGCUUUAAUUGUGAAUUGAUAACAAACUGUCCUCUUUCAGAAAACAGACAUAAAAAAAAAGCGAAAGAAAAAAAAAAGCCUAACAAAAAUUUGAACCAAAACAUUCCGUUUACAUUUUAGACAGUAAGUAUCUUUGUUCUUGUUGGUACUCUGUUUUACUGCUUUUAACUUCUGAUAGCGUUGGAAUUAAAACAAUGUCAAGGUG